AUGUUACCUUUGACACUUCUUCGAACUGCUGUUUACCAUCCUAUGUUGGUAGAAUUAAAAAAUGGUGAAACAUAUAAUGGACAUUUGAUUAGUUGUGAUAAUUUUAUGAAUAUUCAUUUACGUGAUGUUAUCUGUACUUCUCGAGAUGGUGAUCGAUUUUGGAAAAUUCCUGAAUGUUAUAUACGUGGUAAUACUAUCAAAUAUCUUCGAUUACCCGAAGAUGUACUUGGACUUGUCAAAGAAGAUACUAAUGAAAAACCAACACGUUCAGGACCACCAACACGUCGUCCAUUUCGUGGUCGUGGCGAUGGUGGACGUGGAGGACAUGGUGGUCGAUCGGCAGGAUCUGGUGGUGAUCAUCGUAAAGGUGGUGGCGGUGGUGGUCGUGGUGGACAUCAAGGAUCACGUGGUGGUGGCCGUGGUGGACAACAAGGCGGACAACUUCGUCAAGGACGAUAG